CUUAGCCUUAUAGACAAAUGGCAACGGUCGUAGUAAACUUCAAAUUGACGCAGCGAACGCACCGCCGCCUACUCCCUCCCUCCCUCCCUUGUUUUAUCGCGAUAGCAACAGUCGGGCUACGGAGCUAACGCUGAGCAACAUGGCGGAAGAGGAGGUGGCCAAGCUGCAGAAGCACCUGACCCUGCUAAGGCAGGAGUAUGUGAAGAUGCAGCAGAAGCUGGCCGACACAGAGAGGCGCUGUGCCGUGCUGGCUGCUCAGGUGUCUGGUCAGGGUUCCACCAGCUCCACAGCCCCAGACACUUUCAUCAGCCGUCUGCUGGACAUCGUGGCGGACCUUUAUCAGCAGGAACAGUACAGUGAUCUAAAGGUGAAAGUUGCAGGGAAGAAUGUAUGUGCCCAUAAAUUUGUGCUGGCUGCUCGCAGUGAUGUCUGGAGUCUGGCUAACUUGGCCUCCACUUCUGAACUGGACCUAUCUGAUUGCAAACCUGAGGUUGCUAUGGCGAUGUUGCGCUGGGUAUACACUGAUGAGUUGGAACUCAGUGAGGAUGAUGCCUUUCUUAUUGAAUUGAUGAAGCUAGCCAACCGCUUCCAGCUUCAGCUUCUCAGAGAAAGGUGUGAAAAAGGUGUGAUGUCCUCAGUAAAUGUCAGAAACUGCAUUCGCUUUUACCAGACAGCAGAGGAACUAAAUGCUGCCACCCUCAUGAACUACUGUGGGGAGAUCAUAGCCAGUCACUGGGAUGAUCUGAGGAAAGAAGAUUUCAGUACCAUGAGUGCCCAACUGCUCUACAAGAUGAUCAAAUCUAAAACGGAGUAUCCUCUACACAAAGCCAUUAAAGUAGAACGGGAAGACGUGGUUUUUCUCUAUCUUAUAGAGAUGGACUCACAGCUGCCUGCCAAGCUAAAUGAACUGGACAACAAUGGGGACCUGGCACUAGACCUGGCGCUCUCACGUAAACUAGAAAGUAUUGCCACUACACUGGUUAACAACAAAGCAGAUGUGGAUAUGGUGGACCAGAGUGGUUGGAGCCUCUUGCACAAAGCCAUCCAAAGAGGUGAUGAAUUUGCCUCCGUCUUUCUGAUUCGCCACUCUGCUCAGGUGAAUGCAGCCACCGUAGGGGCAGUGGAAACCCCACUUCACUUGGUUUGUUCUUUCAGUCCCAAGAAGCACUCUGUGGAAGUCAUGAGCAGCAUGGCACGGAUAGCUGAAGCUCUGCUCAAGACAGGAGCCAACCCUAACAUGCAGAACAGCAAGGGCAGAACCCCAUUGCAUGAAGCUGUGUCAUCGGGGAAUGAGCCAGUGUUCAGCCAACUUCUCAAGUGCAAACAGCUUGACCUGGAACUCAAGGACCAUGAGGGCAGCACAGCUCUGUGGUUGGCUCUGCAGUAUAUCACGGUGUCUUCAGACCCCUCAGUGAACCCAUUUGAGGACGAUGUACCUGUAGAGAAUGGCACUUCCUUUGACGAGAACAGCUUUGCAGCACAGCUUAUCCAGAGAGGAAGCAACCCCGAUGCACCUGACACUAGCACAGAAAACUGCCUCAUGCAGAGAGCAGCUGGGGCAGGCAAUGAGGCAGCGGCACUUUUCCUAGCCACUCAUGGAGCAAAGGUCAAUAAUGUGAACAAACUGGGUGAGAGCCCGCUUCAUACCGCAUGUCGCUGUGGCCUGGCGAACCUGACUGCCGAGCUGCUCCAGCAGGGGGCCAAUCCCAACCUCCAGACCCAGAAGGCUCUGCCAGACGAUGCCCACGGUGUGGCCAUGCAGACCCCACUUCACAUGGCCAUUGCUUAUAAUCACCCAGAUGUGGUCUCUGUUAUUCUCGAACAAAAAGCCAAUGCACUUCAUGCAACCAACAACUUCCAGAUCAUUCCAGACUUCAGUCUUAAAGAUUCCAUCGACCAGACGGUGCUGGGCUUGGCCCUUUGGACAGGUAUGCACACUAUAGCGGCUCAGCUGCUUGGCUCAGGGGCUUCUAUAAAUGACACUAUGUCCAAUGGACAAACUCUGCUUCACAUGGCCAUCCAAAGACAGGACAGCAAGAGUGCUCUCUUCCUUCUGGAGCAUCAAGCGGACAUCAAUGUUAGGACUCAGGAGGGACAAACAGCACUACAGUUGGCCAUUAGCAACCAGCUGCCACUGGUGGUGGAUGCUAUUUGCACACGAGGAGCUGACAUGUCUGUGAUAGAUGAUAAAGGUGACCCUCCUUUGUGGCUGGCUCUUGAGAAUGGCCUGGAAGAUAUUGCGUCCACAUUGGUUCGCCACGGCUGUGAUGCAACUUGUUGGAGCACAGGGCCCUCUGGCUGCCAGCAGACCCUCCUGCACAGAGCUGUCGAUGAGAAUAAUGAGAUCUCUGCUUGCUUCCUAAUCCGCAGUGGGUGUGACGUGAAUAGCUCCAGGCAGCCAGGUCCCAAUGGGGAAGGAGACGAGGAAGCCAGAGACGGACAAACACCCCUCCACCUAGCAAGCAGCUGGGGGUUGGAGGAGGUAGUGCAGUGCCUUCUAGAGUUUGGAGCAAACGUUAAUGCGCAGGAUGCGGAGGGCAGAGCUCCCAUUCAUGCUGCCAUUAGCAGCCAGCACAAUGUCAUCAUACAGCUCCUCAUUUCCCAUCCAGACAUACGUCUUAACAUUCGUGACCGUCAAGGAAUGACACCAUUUGCUUGUGCCAUGACACACAAGAACAACAAGGCAGCGGAGGCGAUCCUCAAAAGGGAGCCAGGUGCUGCUGAACAGGUGGAUAACAAGGGGCGGAAUUUCCUCCAUGUGGCUGUACAAAAUUCAGACAUUGAAAGCGUCCUGUUUCUCAUCAGUGUCCAAGCUAAUGUCAACUCAAGAGUUCAGGAUACAGCCAAACUCACCCCUCUCCACUUGGCUGUUCAGGCUGGGUCUGAGAUCAUUGUCCGCAACCUGCUGCUUGCUGGAGCCAAACUAAAUGAAGUGACUAAACAUAGGCAGACAGCACUGCAUUUGGCUGCCCAGCAGGACAUGGCCACUAUUUGUUCUGUCUUAAUAGAGAAUGGAGUCGACUUUGCUGCUGAGGAUGAGAAUGGCAAUAAUGCUCUUCAUCUAGCUGUGAUGCAGGGCCGCCUUAACAAUGUCAGGACACUUCUGACAGAGUCCAACAUUGAUGCUGAGGCCUUCAAUCUCAGGGGUCAGUCCCCAAUGCAUGUCCUCGGCCAAUAUGGGAAAGAGAACGCUGCCGCCAUCUUUGAGUUGUUCCUGGAGUGUAUGCCUGAAUACCCUCUGGACAAACCCGACAACGAAGGGAACACAGUUCUACUUCUGGCAUACAUGAAAGGAAAUGCAAACCUGUGUCGGGCCAUUGUGAGGGCGGGGGCUCGACUGGGCGUCACAAAUAUUCAGGGCAUCAACAUUUUUAAUUACCAAGUUGCAACCAAACAGUUGCUCUUCCGCCUUCUAGAUAUGCUGUCCAAAGAACCUCCAUGGUGUGAUGGCUCCAACUGCUAUGAAUGUACUGCCAAGUUUGGCGUAACAACACGGAAACAUCACUGCCGCCACUGUGGGCGCCUGUUGUGCCACAAGUGCUCUAUAAAGGAAAUGCCCAUCAUCAAGUUCGACUUGAACAAGCCGGUGAGGGUGUGUGACAUCUGCUUUGAUGUACUGACUCUGGGUGGGGUAUCGUAAUGGCGUGACCUGAAUAUCCUCCAACCUCUGACACUGGCCGUGUCAGGCCCAACAGGCACAGUCAUUCAGACACACCAGGAGAGGAGGCGUCAGUAGCAGGACAUACUAACCCAGAGAUUCCCAGACUUUUAUGGGCUAUCGCCUUUAUAUUAUUUGAGUCUGUAGGAAAAAAAACAUUUCAAAAAGAAGCAUUGUCUUUUUUGUUUCUGUUUCGAUCAAACUCUCUUAAAGCAGCUCUCCAGCUCAGUGGAAGCUGGACUGAGGUUGUUAAUUGAUUUUUCAAGUUCUUUGUACUGAUCAGCUCCUGUUAUUACAAGCAAGAAUCUGCUGUGCACAAACAAUUCAAUUCACUGAUAAAUACUUAACAAUCCAAUCAGAAGGGGAUUUCCUGUUUUCACUGUUGGUAUACGUUGCCAUCAGCAGCCUUCAUGCUAUGUGACCUGCCCAAAGACAAUAGGUAAUUGCUCCAAAAAGAUUAUAUACAUCCAUAUAAGAGCUGAGGCUGCUGCCCACCAGAAAAUGCCUCUAGAUCACUACAAGUACAGAACGAUGAGUUCUCUGUAAUCUUGCACUAUUCUGUUUCCCCAAAUCUGUACUCACUGAAGACUAACUUCAAAUGAUACAAUCUAUUUCUUUAGACUAAGUAUAACUAAGCACUGACCGUUUACUUAAAUUUAGAGAUUGAAAAUGACACAAGUGGGUUUUAUGACGUAUAUUCGUUUUGCUGCACACUAUCAUUUUGAAUUCCCAUUUCAUUGGAAAUGCAUAGUGAUUUGGGAUAUACCAGUAAGAGAACAAACUUCUAUCAGUAGUUUCAGUCCUCCAAAAUGCCCAUGAUUUCUUUUGCUGCCUUUAUGUAUGAUGGCCAUGAAUUAUGAUCAUGAAUACAAAUGAUUACAUUCCAUUAGUGAGCUGCCAGGAGGUCCCUAAACGAAGUCACGAUCAUAGUCCGAACAAUGUUGCCUCAAGUCAAAAGGUCAAACUGACCCUUCACAUUGAACACUUUUUGUUUUUCAAACCUAAUGGGUGCACUUUAUCAAGACACAUGACAUUUCUGAUCAUUGGGGAGAAUGUGGAGUAGAGGGUUGGCCAAGUGGUGAGGCCUCUAAGUAUUAUUAAAUUGUACAGAUAAAUGUGUGAUAUUUUUGACCACUACAACUGUUUUGUACUUUAAUGCAGUUUGUGCUUGUCAUUGUGACAAACCUAAAUCUUGCCUCUGUUAAUCUUUUAUGCACAUUGUUUAAUCUUUUAUGCACAUUGUAUUGUAUCUGUAUGCUCAGAUAUCUAGCCUGUCUCCUCCUGGUGUAUCCUUUUAGAGAAAAAGGAGGACAACUUUACAUAAAGGUCAUUAAAAACAGUG